UGGUAAAAUGGCAGAAGCCAGAGUUGCAGUGGAUGUAAACGAGUUCAGCUGUCCAAUCUGUCUGGAUCUACUAAAGGAUCCAGUGACUAUUCACUGUGGACACAGUUACUGUAUGAGCUGCAUUAAGAGCUGCUGGGAUCAGGAGGAUCAUGUUGGAGUUUACAGCUGCCCCCAGUGCAGACAGACCUUCAUACCCAGACCUGUUCUGGGCAGAAACACCAUGCUGGCUGAAGUGGUGGAGAAACUGAAGAAGACUGGACUACAAGCAGCUACUCCUGCUGACCAGUAUGCUGGACCUGGAGAUGUGGAGUGUGACGUCUGUACUGGGAGAAAACACAAAGCUGUCAAGUCCUGCCUGGUGUGUCUGGCCUCCUACUGUGAAACUGACCUGCAGCUUCACAAUAAACUCCACCAUGCAAAACAGCACAAGCUCAUUGAUGCCAUCGGCCAUCUGAAGGACAAGGUUUGUUCCCAGCAUGACAAACCCCUGGAGAUCUACUGCCGUACCGACCAGCAGUGUAUCUGUUAUCUCUGUUCGAUGUAUGAACACAGAGGCCAUGAUACAGUCUCAGCUGCUACAGGAAGGGCGGAGAUACAGAAACAAAUGGGUGAAACACAGAGGGAAUUUCAGCAGAGAAUUCAGAUGAGAGAGAAGGAGCUGCAGGAGCUGAGAGAGGCUGUGGCCUCAUUCACAACCUCAGCACAGUCAGCAGUGGAGGAGAGCGAGAGGAUCUUCACUGAGAUUAUCAGCUCCAUUGAGAGAAGACGGUCUGAGGUGACAAAGCUGAUCAGAGAUCAGGAGAAGGCUGCAGUGAGUCAGGCUGAAGGAGACAUGGAGAGACUGAAGCUGGAGAUUGAUGAACUGAAGAGGAGACACUCUGAGCUGGAGCAGCUUUCACACACAGAGGAUCACAUCCAUUUCCUCCAGAGGCGCCAGGCUCUUCCUGUCACUCCUGAAGCUGGAUUUGGACCCAGAAUCUCUGUCAGUCCAAGAUCUGAUUUUGGGAAUUUGAGGAAGGCGGUUUCUGAGCUGAAAGACCAACUGGAGAAUGUUUGCAGAAUGAAAAUGGCAGAGAUCCAUCACCCAGUUACCAAAGACACCGUCCUACCGGUAUUAGUGCCCAGGACCAGAGCAGAAUUCUUACACUACUCCUGCCAGCUGACGCUGGACCCCAACACAGCACACAGACGCCUGUCUCUGUCAGAGGGGAACAGGAAGGUGACACGGGGGGCAGAGCAGCCAUAUCCUGACCAGCCAGAGAGAUUUGACUACUGGCCCCAAGUUCUGUGUAGAGAGAGUCUGACUGGUCGCUGUUACUGGGAGGCUGAGUGGAGUGGAGAUGACGUCUGGAUAGGAGUGACUUAUAAAGGAAUCAGGAGGAAAGGAGGGAGUUAUGACUGUCUGCUUGGAUUCAAUGACAAGUCAUGGAUGCUGAUCUGCUCUCCUGACAGUUACUCUGUCUGGCACAAUAAGAAAGAGACUGUCAUACCCAUAAAGCCCUCAGUCUCCCGCAGAGUAGGAGUGUAUCUGGACCAGGCGGCUGGUACUCUGUCCUUCUACAGAGUCUCCUCUGAUGGACUGACCCUCCUGUACAGCUUCACCUCCUCAUUCACUGAACCCCUCUAUCCAGGGUUUUGGGUUUAUUAUAACUCCCCCGUGUCGCUGUGCAUGCUGGGAUAGCUCACUGUGUGCUGGAGGAAUCAUUUUUACCGUAUCAGAGUGUCACAUGUCGCUGCUUCUCCGUGGCAAAAAGGUAAAAUCUCUGCUUUUUAACCAGUAUAACCCUUUUUACUCUGUCUGCAGUGUGACGUAUGUUAAUAAAACAAGUAAUUGGGUUCUGUAAGCUGAACAAACAUGCAAAAUUACUCUUUUUCUCUGACUUAUGUUCUAUGUUGUCUGUAAAUGCACCUAAACUGCCAAAACAAAUUCAUAGUACAUGCAGUUGUACCAAUAGAGUGAAUUCUGAUUCUGAAUAAAAUUAAAUGUAAUGAAAUCUAAGCCUGAUGAGUAAGGGGAGCUUUUCCCCUCCCCUCUAUAUGUAUAUUUUAUAUUUCUGUCUAUAUAUUGUAUUGCUACCUGUACACUGACAAUAAAGGCUUCCUAUUCUAUCCCAUUAAUGUCCCGGUUCCGCGCUGCCCAGAA